AUGGAGGUUAAAUUUACAAAAAAAAUGCCUAAACUCCUAAAAAGUAUCGUCACUGUCAUUGAGCUUUUCUACCAAUAUGCCACCCAGGAUGGGGAGUGUGACAUGUUGAACAAGGCAGAACUGAAAGAACUUUUGGAAAAUGAGUUUCAUCAAAUUCUGAAGAAUCCAGAUGAUCCAGACACUGUAGAUAUCAUCAUGCAAAAUCUGGAUCAAGACCAUGACGAGAAAGUGGAUUUCAUUGAGUAUCUUCUGAUGAUAUUUAAACUGGCUCAGGCUUGUAAUAAAAUCAUCAGCAAAGAUCACUGCCAAGCUUCAGGGUCAAAGCAGAGAGACCACCAUCACCAGCACCAAGAGGAACAAAGUGAAACAGAAGAGAAGGACAAAAGGCAAGGUCAUUCAAGGCCAAGUACAGGAGAGAAUAAUUCCUAUUCCAGGGGCUCCAGAAGAAGCAUUAAACACAGGCGUGGGUCCAGCUCCAGAGAAAUGGAGCAUCAAGGAGGUUUAUCUAGUUCAGAGCAUAGGCAAAGCUCUGGGGAAAGAAGGAGAGAUUCAAGUUCAGGCUACUUCAAAGACAGUAAGAAAAACAGGCAUGGCUCUCAUCAACAAGAGAAGUCUGAGAGUCAUUCUUCUGGUCAGAGGCAACAUAGAUCCAAUUCAAGCGGUCAAUCAGGACUUAGUAGACAACAAAAACAGUCUUCAAGCUAUGAGGGAUAUGGGUCUGAAUCAGGCCAGUCCAUAAGCAAUGGCAAAAAUCAAUCAAGCUCCUAUGAGCCCUUUACUCAGAGAAAACAUAGCAGCAGCCCUAGUCAUCAGUCAGGAGGUUAUGGAAGAAAAAAUCAUGGCUCUGUGUCAGGCCAGUCCUCUAAUUAUGGAAAAUAUGGACCUGGUUCUAAUCAGUCUUCUAGUGAGAAAUACCAUGAGUCUAGCUCAGGAUCCAGUUUAGGUGAAUCAUCAAGCUGUGGACAACAUGGAUUUAGAUCAGGUCAGUCCUCUGGCUAUGAACAACAUAGAUCUGGCUCAGGUCAAUCUUCUGGCUUUGGGCAACAUGGGUCUGGCUUAGGCCAAUCUUCUAGUUAUGGACAAAAUAGUUCUACUUCAGGACAGUCAUCAAGCUGUGGACACUAUGGAUCUGGCUCAAGUCAGUCUUAUAGCCAUAGCCAACAUGGGUCCAGCUCAGGAGAGUCUUCUCACUAUGGACGACAUAGGUCUGGCUCAAGUCAAUCUUCUGGCCACAGCCAACAGGGGUCUGGCUCAAGAGAGGCUUCUAGCUAUGGACAACAUAGGUCUGGCUCAAGUCGAUCUUCUAGCCCCAGGCGACAUGGAUCUGGAACAGGCCAGUCUUCUGGCUUUGGACAACAUGGGUCAGGAUCAGGUCAGUCUUCUAGCCCCAGCCAACAUAGGUCUGGAUCAGGCCAGUCUUCUAGCUAUGGACGACACAGAUCUGGCUUAGGCCAGUCCUCUAGAAAUGGUCAUCACGGGUCUGGAUCAGGUCAGUCUUCUGGCUUUGGGCAACAUGAGUCUAGCUCAGGAGAGUCUUCUGGCACUGAGCAUGGAUCUGGCUUAGGUCAAUCAUCAAGUUCUGGACUGCAUAAAUCUGGAUAUGGCCAACCCUCUAGCUAUGGACAACAUGGUUCUGCUUCUGGACAGUCAUCAAGCUGUGGUCAACAUGCGUCUGGAUCAGGACAGUCCUCUAGAUAUGGUUAUCAUGAAUCUGGAUCUGGUCAGUCUUCUAGCUAUGGCCAUCAUGGGUCUGGGUCAGGUCAAUCUUCUAGCUUUGGGCAACAUGGGUCUGGAUCAGCUCAGUCUUCUGGCUUUGGGCAACAUGGGUCUGGAUCAGCUCAGUCUUCUGGCUUUGGGCAACAUGGGUCUGGAUCAGGUCAAUCUUCUAGCUAUGGUCACCAUAGGUCUGGAUCAGGACAGUCUUCUGGCCAUGGUCAGUAUGGUUCUGGCUCAGGUCAAUCCACUAGCUAUGGACAAUACGGUUCUGCUUCAGGACAGACAUCAAGCUGUAGUCAACAUGAAUCUGGUUUAGGCCAGUCUUCUAGCCAUGGCCAACAUAAAUCUGGCUCAGGUCAGUCCUCUAGAUAUGGUUAUCAUGAGUCUGGAUCAGGUCGGUCUUCUGGCUUUGGGCAACAUGGGUCUGGAUCAGGUCAAUAUUCUAGCUAUGGUCAUCAUAGGUCUGGAUCAGAACAGUCUUCUAGCCAUGGUCAGUAUGGUUCUGGCUCAAGUCAAUCCUCUGGGUAUGGACAAUAUGGUUCUGCUUCUGGACAGUCAUCAAGCUAUGGUCAACAUGCAUCUGGAUCAGGCCAGUCUUCUGGCUAUGGACAACACAGAUUUGGCUCAGGUCAGUCCCCUUGGUAUGGUCAUCAUGGGUCUGCAUCAGGUCAAUCUUCUGGCUUUGGGCAACAUGAAUCUAGCACAGGAGAGUCCUCUGGCACUGAGCAUGGAUCUGGCUUAGGUCAGUCAUCAAGCUCUGGACAGCAUGAGUCUGGAUAUAAUCAGUCCUCUAACUAUGGACAACAUGGUUCUGCUUUUGGACAGUCAUCAAGUAAUGGUCAACAUGCAUCUGGAUCAGGUCAGUCUUCUGGCUGUGGACAACAUGGGUCUGGAUCUUGUCAGUCUUCUGGCUUUGAUCAACAUGGGUCUGGAUCCAGUCAGUCUUCUAGUUAUGGCCAACAUGGGUCUGGCUUAGGUCAGUCUUCUGGCUUUGAGCAACAUGGGUGUGGAUCCAGUCAGUCUUCUAGUUAUGGCCAACAUGGGUCUGGCUCAGGUCAGUCUUCUGGCUUUGGGCAACAUGAGUCUGGCUCAGGUCAGUCUUCUGGCUUUGGGCAACAUACGUCUGGCUCAGGUCAGUCUUGUGGCUUUGGGCAACAUGGGUCUGGCUCAGGUCAGUCUUCUGGCUUUGAGCAACAUGGGUCUGGAUCUGGUCAGUCUUCUGGCUUUGGGAAACAUAAGUCUGGAUCCAGUCAGUCUUCUAGUUAUGGCCAACAUGGGUCUGGCUUAGGUCAGUCUUCUGGCUUUGGGCAGCAUGGGUCUGGAUCCAGUCAGUCUUCUAGUUAUGGCCAACAUGGGUCUGGAUCUGGUCAGUCUUCUGGCUUUGGGCAACAUGGGUCUGGAUCCGGUCAGUCUUCUAGUUAUGGCCAACAUGGAUCUGGCUCAGGUCAGUCUUCUGCCCUUGGGCAACAUGGGUCUGGCUCAGGUCAGUCUUCUGGCUUUGGGGAACAUGAGUCUGGAUCUAGUCAGUCUUCUGGCUUUGGGCAACAUACGUCUGGCUCAGGUCAGUCUUGUGGCUUUGGGCAACAUGGGUCUGGCUCAGGUCAGUCUUCUGGCUUUGGGCAACAUGAGUCUGGCUCAGGUCAGUCUUCUGGCUUUGGGCAACAUGGGUCUGGCUCAGGUCAGUCUUCUGGCUUUGAGCAACAUGGGUCUGGAUCUGGUCAGUCUUCUGGCUUUGGGAAACAUAAGUCUGGAUCCAGUCAGUCUUCUAGUUAUGGCCAACAUGGGUCUGGAUCUGGUCAGUCUUCUGGCUUUGGGCAACAUGGGUCUGGAUCCGGUCAGUCUUCUAGUUAUGGCCAACAUGGAUCUGACUCAGGUCAGUCUUCUGCCCUUGGGCAACAUGGGUCUGGCUCAGGUCAGUUUUCUGGCUUUGGGGAACAUGAGUCUGGAUCUAGUCAGUCUUCUGGCUUUGGGCAACAUACGUCUGGCUCAGGUCAGUCUUGUGGCUUUGGGCAACAUGGGUCUGGCUCAGGUCAGUCUUCUGGCUUUGAGCAACAUGGGUCUGGAUCUGGUCAGUCUUCUAGCUAUGGCCAACACAGGUCUGGCUCAACUCUGAGCAGUGUGGUUCUAGAUUUGGUCAGUGUUCUAGCUCUGAGCAAUAUGGAUAUGGCUCAUGUCACUCAUCUACCUCUGGACAAUGUGGUUCUGGAUCUGGUCAGUAUUCUGGCUCUGAACAGUACAGAUCUGGUUCAUGUCACUCACCUAGCUCUGGGCAAUGUGGUUCUGAAUCUGGUCAGUGUUCUAGCUAUGAGCAACAUGAAACACAAGGGAAAUGUAGGUCAAGUUCAAGUGGAACUCAUAGUGAGUACCUUAGACCCAAAAUGUGCUCAACCCCUAAUCAAUCAAGAAGCAAUAGCCAGGAAUGGUCAGAGUGUGGCCAAAAAGAAAGAGGUAGGAAUUAUGGCCUAUCAGGUAGUGGGCCUGAUGGAUAUGAGAGUAUUCAUGGACAAUCAAGAACAUGUAGGCAACAAAGCCAAGGAUGGAGCCAAGGUCAAUGGGAAUCUGACUGUAUCCAUUCAAAUUGUAAUGAAGGGCAAUCAAGACGCAGUUAUAGACAAGUAG